AGCGAGCUCUGAUGGAGGAUCGGAAAACAAUGGAGAUCUUCAACUUCUUUUGAACCUCAAUCUUCUUCAUUCCCCCAAAUCUACAUCCACAGAUUUUUUAUUCAUUAAAUUCCAUUCAUUAAUCGUGCAUCCCAUCUUUCUCCUGUUCGAUUCAAUAAAUUUGAAUUUUCAUGUUGUCAACUGGUUUCGCGCUCUAAUUCGUCCGAUGAUUGCGGUAGGAAAUUGGUCAUUGAUUUUCGAGUCUUCGCUGGGGUUUGACUUCGUUGAAGCCCAAUCGACGAAGGUAGGGUUCGCGAACUUUCCGGCGAGGUUGCUCAAUUGCCGAACGUCACCGUCGAAGAACUUGGUGCCGAUCAAAGCAAAGGAAGCUUCGCGAAUGUCUUCGUUAAAAUCCGAUAUUGAAGUCGGCUCCAACGAACACGAACGUGGUAUUAUCAAUAAUUCGGAUGAUUCGAAUGGUUCGAUUCGUCACGAAAUCACCACAAAGGGAAGGAGAUCCACGAAUAUUGUUUGGCAUAAAUGCUCUGUUGAGAAAAUCGAUAGGCAGGAAUUGCUUCAGCAAAAAGGUUGUGUCAUAUGGAUUACUGGGCUCAGUGGUUCAGGAAAGAGCACCUUGGCUUGUGCCUUAACACGUGCUUUGCAUUCUCGAGGGAAGCUGACAUACGUCCUUGAUGGUGAUAAUGUCAGGCAUGGUCUUAAUCGCGAUCUUACUUUUAAAGCAGAAGACCGUGCUGAGAAUAUACGAAGAAUUGGAGAAGUUGCGAAGCUGUUUGCUGAUGCUGGAAUUAUCUGCAUUGCUAGUGUGAUAUCUCCCUACAGAAAAGAUCGUGAUGCUUGUAGAUCAUUGCUUCCAGAUGGAGAUUUCAUUGAGGUUUUCUUGGAUAUGCCUUUACGGGUUUGUGAGGCCAGGGAUCCAAAGGGUUUGUACAAGCUUGCACGCGCUGGAAAGAUUAAAGGUUUUACUGGGAUUGAUGAUCCGUAUGAGCCACCACUAGAUUCUGAGAUAGUGUUAGAAGAGGAAGGAGAUGUGUGUCCUCCACCUGAAGUUAUGGCUGAUAAAGUGAUUUCUUAUCUGGAGGGAAAAGGUUAUCUGCAGGCAUAAUCUCUUUGAAAUCCCAAAUGUGUGUAUAUUUACACAACUUCUUUAAAAAUAAAAUCAUUUUGUUUACGGGAAAUUACUCGUUUCCUGGUUAAUCGUUGUUAAAAUGCAAUAUGUUGAUUAAGGUUAAAUUAUGGGUUAGGAUUCGGUAAUUUAUGAUAUAUUUCGACUGUCGAACAUAACUUAUAUCAUAUAUGUAUAUUUACGUUUC